AUGCAGACCCCAACCACGAUCGACAGAACCGCAUUCCCGUUCUUCAGACUCCCUCGCGAGCUGAGAGACAACAUCUAUGAGGACUGCGACGGCAACCAGCAAGUCAGUCUCGCAGGUGAUGGGACGGAAAACAUCAAGGCAUGGGUUGAGCAUGGAUUGAGAACCAACUUCCUCCUUGUCUGCAAGCAGUUCAGCAGAGAGUACUGGAUGAGACAGCGGGGACAGGGAAAGCUCAUCAUCGAUGCCACGUUCUAUCCGGCGAGAUCUACCUCCCCGCAGCUCAUUGACUCGAUGUCCAACAGCAAGCAGAUGCGAAUCGCGUCAGGACCCAAGCGAGUACAGGCCGCGGAGCUCAGCACGACAUGGCGUUAUGGGUGGAGUCUCGCGAAUUGCAUACUUCACGCAACCAUCUUGGAGGCUUUGGUCUUCAAGUUACGCUUCUACGGACCAAUCACAACAGCUGCGAAGGUCUACAUUGUGGGAGAAAUAUCGGGUCGUUGGACUGCGCCCAAGGCUCUCAACCAGGUCAGCUAUGAAGUCUCUGGAGCAGGCAUGGUCAGCUUGACCGGAAUGGCUGGCCUUCGUUCCAUGGAGCUGUAUUCAUACUACCGGAGUCCUGAGACCUCAGUGUACUAUGGAAUGCCGGCAGUCCUGAUCGGCCGAUGGACACAAGCAAGUGGAUGGCACGCAAAGACACAGCAAACAUGA